UCAUGGAUGAACUGCUGAAGAUUCUGAUUGUUCUCUGUGGGCUUAUUUCCUGCGGUUGUUGCUCCAUUUCUGCUUCAAUGUCGGAGGCGACUGUACAGCCUGGAGACAACAUCACUAUCUACUGUGACUGCAAAGUGUCAACUGGAAAAUAUGUAGUUUGGUUCAGGAACUGUUCCCAUGAAUACCAGCCGACUCUUGUUGUAGAUUGGAGGAAUGCAGUUAGCUCUCCUUUUACAGGAAAAACACGUCGUUUUAAAUUUGUGAAGAAUGAAUCGUCCAACUCCUAUGACCUGAUGAUCAGAAAUGUCACUAAUUCUGAUGAGGGACUUUAUUACUGUGGAACUUUGGAGAACAAGGUGGAGAAAGAUGAAAACAAAAACAUUUUCUCUAAAGAAGCUUACAUCUAUGGCAACCUCACCACAAGGAUCACACUGUAUACAGAAACUCAUUUACCACAUCCAAAUAUUUCCAUGACGGUGGAGGAAUGUGGUUUGUGUUGGAAUCUGCUCCUCUCUCUGUGUCCGACUGUUUCUGCUUUCUCGGCUCUCCUUUUGGUUUAUCUACUAUGCCAAAAUCCAGAGAACAUUCAAGCUAAGAAAAAGAGACAUGGCACUUCAAGACACACAGAGGAAACACAGGAUAACAAAGUGUGCUGCGCAGCCCUGGAAAUCUGUCAGGCAUCUGGGAGCCAGAAGAAGAACAUGACGAGCCAGAAUUCAGAAUUCAGCAUGUUUACUACUGUCAUGUACGUCAUGAAAGUUGGGGAACUGUAAACAUGUCAAGUGUAACGAUGGAAAAAAGGAUGCCUACAAUUUUUAAACUCUUUCCAAUAUUUCUCAUGUUAAUUUGUGAAAAUGACUGAAAUGCAUGACUGGACCCAGACAAAAUAAAGUUUCUUACAGAUAUUUUUGACCAGACUCUUUUAUAGACGGAGGAAAUAUGCCCUGUGUCUUUUGCUUCUUGUGAAUCCCUUAUAAAACCUUGCACAGUAUUUAAAAGUUCUGGCUUUAUUUUAUUUGUAAUUUUGAUUCAGUUUUUAUGCCCUUUUCAUUUAUUUUGUAUGUAAAGUAUCAUCCAUGUAUGUAGGUUGUAGUGAUGGACAUGUUAUAAGAAACAGAACAUCAAAUAUCUCCACUGAUUAACACACAAACACAUUUAAAGUUUAAUCUUCUUAGAUUAAAAACAAUUGGGAGAAAAAAUCCAGAUGCUUAAACUGAAACUCACAACUGUAUUUUUCUGUUUAUCUUUGUCUGAUAGAAAUGCAUUGUGACAGAUGGAUAUCUGGACAAGUAUGCAUAUUUUCACAUUGCUGAA